AUGGAGUCAUCAUCGACUUUGCUCACAAGCUUUAACCAGAGAAAGUCACCAGCGUCUCCGACGAGCAAAUCACCGAAGCAGAAGAGGAAGACAAGGAUGAGCAGUAACAAACCCAUCAAAGUCCGUUACAUAUCAAACCCGAUGAGAGUGGAGACUUGUGCUUCUAAAUUCAGAGAGCUCGUUCAAGAACUCACCGGCCAAGACGCCGCCGAUCUACCUCCAGAGCCAACCACUUUCGCCGCCGCAGAUCUUCACCACCAGUCGGAAAUGAGUCAUGCGCCGUUGGAUGAAGGGACCCGUGAGUAUUAUUCACCGUUGGAUGAGGAAGUGUUUAACACUCCUCAGAUGUCGGCAGGUCUUUCUGGGUUUUUCUCGUCUGGGUUUUACAAUGUGAAUGCCUUAGGAAGCAUUGGUUCUCUCUGA